AUGGCCAUGUUCUCAUCCUCAUGGUUGAAAUUACCGAGCAAGGUGAACCAACCCGCGCCAGCACCGCGUUCUUGCAAAAGUAUUUCUUGCUCAUCCUUCAGAGACAUCCAAAAGGACCAAAACCUCUGCAAAUCUCAACCCGAAACCGAGGUCCUGAGCCCGAGGAGUGCCUCCAUUUUGCAGCGUAUCAAGAUGUCCACCACGGUCCUCCUGCGCCUAUGGGCUCGCGGCGUAGAGGGCCCAAGUGGCUGCAAAGUGCGCAACGGAGACCAACGUGUAGUGAUUUACUACACGAGUCUCCGUGUGGUGCGGAGGACCUUUGAGGAUUGCAGGGUGGUCAGAUCGAUCCUCGGAGGGUUUCGGGUCCCCAUUGACGAGCGAGAUCUGUCAAUGGACUCCAAGUUUGUGCAGGAGCUGGAGGAGGUCACUGGGAGCAAGGACUUGAACUUGCCCAUGGUUUUCGUCAGCGGAGACUACAUUGGUGGAGCCGAGGAGGUGAGGCAGCUCCAUGAAAGUGGAGAGCUAAAGACAAUGCUCCAAGGGCUCCCGGUGGUGGAGUCCAAAACUUGUGAUGUAUGCGGAGGGCUGAGAUUUAUUCUCUGCCAGACUUGCAACGGAAGCCACAAACUCUACAGACAGAAAGAUGGGUUUUGCCCUUGUAUGGACUGCAACAUGAAUGGCAUGAUUACGUGCCCUUCAUGUUCAACUGCGGGACAGUAA